AUGUACUUCAUCACUACUUCAAACAUUCAGAUGAUCGACGCCAGAUUCUUUUCUGCAGGACAAUUUGCGAGAAUCCAGAACUUGGCGAGCGGCUACAAGUGGCCAGCCUCCAUCGAUCGGCAGGCAUCGACCACCACUUAUUUGCCCAGCUUUGGUUUCAGGAAUCCAUGGCUAGAUUAUAUCGCGCCGAUUAUUCUACUUCGUGCACCCAACCUCAAGCAUCUCGUCGUUCACGGUCCUUAUAAUCCGUCCAUUUUCGAAGAAUUCAGUAUGAAAGCCGUCUUACGGAAUAGAGCCCUGCCUCAAAAGCUCGAGUCUCUUUCGGUAGGGCAGCAGGAAAUAUCCUGCCUCUGGCAUCUGGAACUACGUGUCCGAACAGAUCUGGAUGCUUUAGGGGGAUUUCUCAUGAGAUUGGAAAACCUUGAGACGCUUUCCAUAUCGCGACCUAACUUGAAAAGACUCCCAGAGAAACUCCCACUUCAGAAGCUGCGCAGGCUUCGGAUUGGUAAUGCGUGCCUAUCCAAGGACACGCUGCAGAGACUCAUCAACAGCACAGGAAGCCUGGAGGAGUUUGUUUAUAGAGAGAUUGGAGACACGGCCGAAUCAACAGUCACCAGACUUGUCACAUCUCAGGAGAUCUUUGAGAUGUUAAUUCCCAUGAAAGAUAGACUUAGAGAGGAGUCAUUGAUGUUAUUACUUAGCAAACGGACGGUAGCCUACCAACCUGUAAAUGGAGUAGGUCUUUUUAAUAAAGCUAGUAUGCGACCAAGUUUAUUUGAGAAUGCUUACAAAAGAUAG